CGGAUUGAGAUCAAUGUAAUUGAAAUCAACAUUGAAACCUCUAUUUGGAAGAAAAAUAAGCGCCGAUAGCCGUACAGAAAUGGGUGAAAAAACAGAGCAGCCGCGUUUGACGCAGUAGUUUUCCUCCGCUGUCGCAAAUUCGCAGUUGAAUCAGAAGAAAAUGGUGUUGGUUGGGGCGGCGAUGGGGCUGAUGAGCGGCACGCUCGUCUACUACCACUGCGCCUACCGCCAAUCCAGCGUCGUCUCGCUCAUGGCCGACGUCCUAAUCGUGCUCCUCUGCUCUCUCGCCAUCCUCGGCCUCCUCUUCCGCCACAUGAACAUCGCCGUCCCCGUCGAUCCCCUCCACUGGCAGAUCUCCCAGGACGCCGCCUCCUCUCUCUUCGCUUGCCUCGCCAACACUCUCGGCGCCGCCGAGUCCGUCCUCCGCGUCGCCGCCACCGGCCACGACAAGCGCCUCUUCCUCAAGGUGGUUUUCUGCCUUUAUUUGCUCUCUGUAGUUGGAAGAGCUUUCUCCGGCGUCGCUGUGGCUUACAUCGGAUUGUGCUUGUACUGUGUCUACACUAUUCUUGAAAACUCUCAGACCAACAGCGCAUAUUUGGGAAGGCUUGCGGGCAGAAGAGAUGGCGUUCAAGAUAACUAAUGAUUCCAAUGGUUGUGCAGUUUGCUUUUUCUGUUAAUACAUCUAGUAGUCUUCAUUCGAGCAAAUAAUGCCUUCGUGAUGGGGAAAAUUCCCAUUUAUGUAUUAGGUUUACUUAAUACUUACAUGUAUUGUCUUGCUCUUGUAUUCUCACGAGCAUUUAUUGUUCGUAUGUUCAGAUGCUUAGCACUAUCCAGUUCUAGGAACAUUCAAUUCAAGUUAGCUUUCUGGGUUCAA